AUGACUGCGGACAUAAAGCAAAUGUUUUUGCGCAUAGGAGUAAAUAAACGACAUCGGAAGUACUUACGAAUUUUAUUUCGUUUUGAUACUAAUGAACCUAUACGCACGUAUCAUUUUAACCGCGUUCCUUUCGGUUUAAAACCGAGUCCAUACCUAGCUAUGCGCACAUUACGUAACUUAGCGUGUGAGCAUAGCGACUGCUUUCCUGAGGCUUCUAAACUGGUAGAAACUCAAUUUCUUAUGGACGACUUCGUCUAUUCGGUUCCUGAUGAACAGAUGGCGUCGCAAUUGUCUCGCGACUUAAUUAAUUUAUUAAAAUUAGGCCCUUUUGACCUUGUCAAGUGGGCCACUAAUUCACCCGCUCUAUUAGGGGUUCUUCCCGAAUCCCACCGCCUACCAAUAAUUUUUUCUGGUAUGAAUAAUGAAAUUAAUAAUUUUAAAAUUUUAGGUUUAUCAUGGGAUCCCGCUGAUGAUUUAUUUUCUUUAACUACUGUCCCUGUAGACCAUAAAUGCACGAAGCGUGCGAUUCUAUCGCUGGUUGCUCGCUUAUUAGAUGUACUUGGCCUAGUGAGUCCCGUAGUGCUCUACGCAAAAAUUCUUAUUAAAGAACUGUGGCUAGCUAAGAUAGACUGGGAUGAGGUGCCUCCGGAAUCCAUCAUCAGUCGCUUUCAGCCUUUACGCACGAUUUUCCAUCACUCUCUUCUC